AUGGUCCAUCUCAACCCCUACUAUAUACUGACAAUCAUCGUUAUCUCGUGCGGGUCUAUUCCCAAGGGCUACGAUGAAGGCGGCUUCAGCGCGUCAACGGGUCUGGCCUCCUUCAAGGAGGACUUUGGCCUGGUAGCUAGCGCAUGGAAGGGCAAUGACUCUGGCCUGGCCGACCGCAAGGCCAAUAUCUCGUCGUUUGGCGUCCUCGGCGCUGCCUUCGGCUCCCUCAUUGCGCUUGCCGUCAACGACAGGCUCGGCCGGUUGAGGGCAUGGCAGCUGUUGAUCGCCGUGUGGAUGACGGGCUGCUUGAUGCAGGUCUUCUCGUCUGGCAUCCUCGGCCUAAUGCUCUUCGCCCGCAUUUGGGGUGGGCUGGGUGCCGGCGGUCUCACGGUCGUCGCGCCCCUGUACCUGUCGGAGGUCGCGCCGGCCAAGUCGCGUGGCAUGGUCGUUAGCAUAUACAUGGUUGUCCUGCUGUCGUUCCUAACCAUUGGCUUCUUCAUCAACUAUGCCGCUAACGUAACGCUCGCCGCGACAAGGAUGCAGUACCGCCUCGUCAUCGCCAUCCCGCUCAUCCCCGUAGGUCUGGCGUUCAUUGCAUCCUUCUUCCUCGACGACACCCCGCGCUGGCUCGCAUCACGGGACCGCGGUGACGAGGCGCUCGUUGUCCUCGCGAAACUACGGCAAACCGACCCGAGCGACCAAGCUCUUGCUCUCGAAUACGAGGAGAUUCAUGAACAGAUACGCAACCGGCAGCAGGUCCUCGCCGACGCAUCCACCUGGUCCAUCGUGAAGGACAUUGUCACCAUCCCCACUUACCGUACGCGGUUCCUCCUCGGCGCCGUGAUGCAGACCGUUGCCCAGUGGUCCGGCGGAAACGGCAUCACGUACUACAUUCCUGAGAUCUUCCGAUACGCCGGUGUUGUCGGCGACAACACCUCCCUCAUCACCAGUGGCGCGUACGGUGCCGUCAAGCUCGUCUUCACCAUGGUAUUCACGUGGGGACUGGUCGACGUCUUUGGCCGUCGACGAUGCUUUCUCACCGGCUUGUUCCUGCAGUGCAUCACCCACAUAUACAUGGCAGUAUACAUGGGCAUCUGGAUGGAUAGCAACAACAAGUCGGCAUCCGAUGCCGCCAUCGCGUCGGUUUUUGUGUACGCCGUCGGCUGGUCUAUCGGCUUGUGUACCGUGCAGUACCUGUACGGUACCGAGAUCUACCCGACUCGCAUCCGCAGCGUCUGCUAUGCGACUAACAUGACACUACACUGGUUCUUCCAGUUCGCUGUGGUGCGGGUGACGCCCAACAUGUUUGUCAGCCUUAACCUCUGGGGCGCCUACGUCUUCUGGGCAUGCGUCUGUGCCGCGGGUCUUGUCCUCCUCGGCCUCUGGGCGCCAGAAACGAAGGGCAUCCCAAUGGAGAGGAUGGAGGAGCUGUUCAGCGGUCGGUGGUGGAUGGGAUGGCGGGCGAGUGUAGAUUUGGAAUCGAGCGAAACGAGGCCCUUUGGGAGGGGCGACUCGUCGGGGAAGGAUUCAAAAGAAGGACCCUUUACGCAUGACCGGAAGACGGAUGUUUGA